GUGUUGUUUGGUGUGCAAGUCCCAGAUAGAUCUUUGUCAUGGCUGUGAAGUCCUACUUGGCAAAUAAUUGCCUAACAAUAAUACAAUUAACAAUAGGGCAAUCUACAUGGUAUGAUCAUAGUAAACAUAACUGUUUUAAAGUUAAACAAAUGUAUUGUAUAAUAUAAUAAUACGUACUUAUAUAAUAAGGAAGUUGCAUUCUGGCUAAAAAAUGAGGAAAUAGCACAUCACUAACCACUACUCAAAUAGCUCUGUCACAAACACUCACAAAGGCAGUCACCUCCAAUCUACCGUCUUUGUGCACAUGGCUCCUUUUCUUGUUAUCGUUGUUACCCUCUGUAGACUCACAGGAACUCAUGGCAUCACUACAGUGAGUGAAGAAGUGUCCGUGGAAGUAGGGGCCACGGUUUCAAUUCCAUGUCUCUACAAACCGAGCCAUAAGAACCUUGUUAAGUACCUUUGUAAAGGAGGGGUUUGGUUGUCUUGUGAUAAAAUAAUCACAACCAACUCCAAGAGUAGUUUUCCAGAAGGCCAGUACACAAUCUCUGAUGACCCGGACCAAGGGGUCUUCACAGUAUCCAUCAUAAGCCAAGAGGAGGGAACGCAAACCUACUGGUGUGCUGUGGAGAUGGGAUUCUCGAAGCUGGAUGAGAAAACUCAAUUCAAACUAUUUGUGUCCAAAGGCAAGUCCAGUCUGUAUGUGGAUCAACAGGAAAUAACAGGAUUUGCGGGAGAUAGUAUAAAUAUCAGUUUUGACUCUAAAACACACGGCAAACGAGGAUGGUGCAUACUGGGCCACUGCAAGGAGCCCCAGGAUGGCUUUAUUGAAGGUUCACAUUACUCAAUUGAUGCAAGCAAACAAGGUGUUUUUGUGGUGACUAUGAAAGACCUAGACAUGGAAAGCAGUGGUUGGUACAUUUUUUUCCAAGGAAAACUAAAUAUGCCAAUACAUCUUACCGUUGCUGUAAAUUCAAAGACAAUGAAUACACCAACCUCAACAACUGUGAGCACUUUGUCAGAUGAGGUGUCCACUAAAAAGAUUACAGAGAAGGAACCUGAUGUUCUCAGAAACGACCUAAAGAACCAGCUCCUUCCUUUGGGCAUAUUGCUGUUCAUUAUAGCAGUGGCCCUGUUGGUUUCGUGGAUGUUCCACAGGCGAGCCAAAAGAAAACUUACAGCAAUCACAGUGUCGUCUGAAACAGACGUUGUUUAUAGUAGCGUGAUGCCGGUGCAUUCCACGGCAGCACAGAAUAAACCUACUGGUGACAUGAAUCUCAAGAAAAACCCAAAGGAGGAUGAAAAUAUAACAUACAGUGUUAUUGGCCCCCAUCCAAGAAUAUAAGGUAUAAUAAAUCAUCCAUGCCAUUCAAUUGACCAUACGCUGCAUGGUGACUUCAACACUGAAGAUGACUUUCCUUCGCAUUUUGAGUAGGCUCCUAUUUAUCUUACAUGUAUACAAUAUAAAUGUGUCCUCCCUGUAAACUAUCCAGAAAAUAUCCACUAGUAAUUAUUGCCAACUGUGUCCUCCCCCCCCAAACACACACACACAGAAACA